AUGGACACUCUGCCCAUUGACGAACAGAUCCCUCAACCGGGCCAAUGGCCUGUGGAUCCUCAGGAAGAUAUGCCAAUCUCCGAGGAUCGUAUCUGGGUUGAUGGAUGCUUUGACUUUAGCCAUCAUGGACAUGCGGGUGCUAUGCUUCAAGCUCGUCAACUCGGCAAGGCACUAUACGUGGGUAUUCACUCGGACCAAGCAAUUCUGGAGAACAAGGGCCCGACAGUGAUGUCGUUGGAUGAACGAGUCGCGGCCGUCGAUGCUUGCCGGUGGGCCACUCAAAGUGUGCCCCAUGCUCCCUACGUCACUUUCCUACCCUGGGUUUCUCAUUACGGCUGUAAAUACGUGGUACAUGGUGACGAUAUUACAUCUGAUAGUGAUGGAAAUGACUGCUAUCGAUAUGUCAAGGCAGCAGGUCGGUUCAAAGUCGUUAAGCGAACCCCCGGCAUUUCUACCACGGAUUUGGUCGGCCGUAUGCUUUUAUGUACGAAGAAUCACUUUAUCAAGUCUGUCAGGGGUACUCUUUCGGGAGAGGAUGGCUCAGGAAGCCACGCUGAGCGCAAGGCAGCUGCGGAAGAUUUGGUGCAGAGGAUUCGAGCCUAUGCGACAGACGAGAGUGGACUUCAGCCCGGUCCCAAAGUUUGGACAUGGACUGGAUCCGGGACGGCGAAAAUUGAACACCAAGUUGAGGAAGCUGGAAGCUUUGAAACUUUAGUGGAUGGGAAGGGCCCGAAACCAGGCCAACGGAUUGUGUAUGUUGACGGAGGCUUUGACCUUUUCUCAUCUGGUCAUAUUGAAUUUCUGCGGAAAGUUAUGGAGAUGGAGGAGGCUGAGGGUCGUCAACGAGGCUGGUUUGACCCGGAGCAGAAGGAGAAACGACUCAAGGAGUACAAUGAAGACUACGCCCCUGCGUAUAUCGUUGCCGGAAUUCAUGAUGACGACGUGAUCAACCACUGGAAGGGACUCAACUAUCCCAUCAUGAACAUCUUUGAGCGUGGCUUAUGUGUCCUUCAAUGCCGGUAUAUUCACGCCGUCAUCUUCUCGGCACCUUUCACGCCCAGUCAGCCUUAUUUGGAAGCCCUGCCACUCGGCGUACCUCAUGUGGUUUAUCAUGGACCCACGACGUUUAUUCCUCUAACAUAUGAUCCAUAUGAUGCCCCCAAAAGGAUGGGUAUCUUCCAGGAGGUCGCACGGCAUGCUUUCCAACAUGUCAAUGCAGGUGAGAUCGUUGGUCGUAUCCUGAAGAGCCGAGAAGCGUAUGAAGCGCGGCAAAGGGCCAAACUAGAAAAAGGCAUCACUGAGGAUCUCGUGAAAUCCCAGGAGCAAGCGUCAGCUUAG